ACGGGGACAGUGUCGGUGGGAGGCAAUACCACACAGGGAGAAGAAGAAGAAGGCCAGUUGGGAGAUGCAGGUACACAGAAUAACCUUAUCAUGGAAGGGCUGUCUGAAGAGAGCAAACCAAUUGAGGGACUGACACAAGGUUCGCUUCUGACAGAAAAUCUGCAAUCCAAUGGGGAGCGAACUCCGGCCCAAGAGAGCCAGCUAACAGAUGAGACAUCCCAUGAGAGCCAAGCAAUGGAGGAAACACAUUAUGCGACUCAGUCAGCUGAGGAGAUGGCCCAUGAGACCCAGCUGAUUGAGGAAAUUCCGUGCGAGAGCCAGCCUUCUGCGGACAUACCCCUGAAGAGUCAGGCAGUGGAGGAUACAGAUAUGACUCAAGACAGCCAGCUGGGGGAAGAAAAUGUACCAGAGACAGAGUCAGUGGAGGAAAUCAUCGAAGACACUCAGCCUGUUGAAGAAGUGACGCAGGAAGAAACAUCACAGGUGAGCCGGACAGUGGAGGAUAUACCGCCUGAGAGUCAUCACAUUGAGGAAAUGCUGCUGGAAAACCAGCAAGUGGACGAGAAUGAUAUAACUCAUGACAUGCAGCCGAUGGAGGAAAUGCUCGAGGACACUCAACCAGUUGAGGAUGUGGCUCAGGAAGCACAAGAGAUGGAGAAGAAUGAUGAAAUUCAGUCUGUUGAGGAAGAAGGACAUGAGAUACAGCCGGUGGAGGACACUCAACCAGUUGAUGAAAUGGCUCAGGAGGAACAACUGGUGGAGGAAAAGCAUAAUGAUGUUCAGCCAGUCGAGGGUGCAGGACAUGAGACACAGGCAGUCGAGGGAAUACUAGAGGACACUCAGCCAGUGGAGGAAGUAGCACAGGAGGUACAGCCAAUGGAGCAGAUUCCCGAACCCAGCCAAAACCCACAAAACGCUGAUGGUAUACUUUGCCAAGGGUAUUCUCGAGAGGGCGAGGAAGCUCCACAAAAAGAGCAGCAAUCAGAUGAAGGUAUAGCCUCAGACCAACAUCCUCAAUCACAUGCAAUGCCACAGGAAGAAGAGGCACAACAUGAUUCUCAAUCACAUGCAGUGCCACAGGAAGAAGCCACAUUUACAAUCUCUCAAGAAGGUCACCACGUUGACGUCCUUCUCCAGGAAGGCCACCACCUUGAAGCAUCUUCACAGGAGUUUCCCCUCAUCACCAUUGGAGAUGGGUUCUCAGACUUUGAGCUUUACAUCUCCGAGGUAGGUAGUCACCAACAGAUGAAAUCGGAGCUCGACCAAUACCUGGAGGAAUCUCUGAUGCCGCGAUCACAGGACUUUGAGGUUCUUCGCUGGUGGAGCCUGAACCGAACCAAAUACCCUACCCUCUCCAAGAUGGCGGCUGACAUUUUGUCCCUACCCUUUUGCACCGUCUCUCCAGAUUCUGUGUUUGACACGGAGGUGAAAAAGAUGGACAACUACAGGAGCUCCCUUCGACAUGUAACCUUAGAAGCUCUUUUCUGUGCCAAGGACUGGUUCAAGCACGGCUCCUCCAGUUCCACCUCAGAAAACAAUCUGAAGAGGGAAUCUUGAGGAUUCCUUUUCAUCAUUCCUUAUCCUUAGAUGUAGUUUUAGCUUACUAUAUAUUUCGCUUUGGUCACUUUAGGCUAAUAUGGAUCUUUUUAGCCUUGUGCUCGCUUAUGCUUUCUUUUUUCUUAUUCUUUUCUUCUUACCAUGACCCUUUUCGUGGUUGUUUAUGUAUGUUGUGAUUGAUGCUGUUAUGAUUUGAUGUUACAGUUUGGCAUCAUAGAAACUAUUUCACUUUGUAUCAAUCUUCGCAUUUGUUGUUUCUGCCCUGGGGUUUUAUAUUUA